CUCGUUCCUUCUCAGUGCGUGCCUUACGCGGGCACCGUCGACUACCGAGGCUUCGUUAUAGAACGGUUACGUGGCAUACUCUCAGUGCAACGCGACGAUCGGAAAGAGGAAAUAAUUGACGAACUAGAAAAGGACGGAAAGAAAGGGAAUGAACGGGCGGUGAAUCAUAACGAGGGAGACAAAGAAAAAGAAAGAAGGACGUGUAAAGAAAACUUAGGACGGACAAAGGGAGAGGAAGAGAACGAGAGAAUAAGUUACUGAAGAAGGAGAAAGAUAAACGAAACGUGAGUGGGAAGAACAGAACAAGAGCGAGAGACAAAGGUGUGUGGAAGUAAAGAAAGACAGACGAGCGUGCGCGUCGUCUUCUCCAAACGGAAUCGUCGAAGAAGAAAGCGUGUACCUCUCGCGAGUUCGUUGCACGAAUAUAUCGAGUUUGUAGCUCCACGCUUUGUACAUAGGUACAUUUUGAUUAUUGACGAGAAGGAAAGUACUGUGUUAGGUGGUUCCUCUUUAAGAAACCUUUCACAAAUCGCGAAAUUAUUCCGAAGUUCGUUGCGUAGUUUAGUGUUGUGUGAAUCUUAUCGCCUUUAUUAAUUCAAUCCACAUUUUAAUUCUCGUUUCGCAUCGAAGCAACUCGAAGAAAUUUCAUCAUGUCUACAAACAAUUGACGCUUUGUCACGACCCAAACUAAGCCGUGCCAUCGAUGAGUCACACCACCUGACCCGAUUGCGUUAUCCAGGUAAUCGCGACAACAUGAAGUAAACGCCGAUAAAUGAGCGGAAGGAGUCAUAUCAAGUUGCCGUUGUAAGAUCAAUGAGCGUAUGCGCGUAUAUACAUGCGGUGAUCGUGGUAUUUGCGAGUGUCGCCGUUGACAUCGUAUUCGUACUCGUACAUCUGGCGACAGGAUGCCAUUGGUGACGAGGGAUUUAAGUAGCUAGCGCAACGCGCGAGCAUCGAAACGUUGAGUCCAGCGACUACGACGACGUUGAAUCCGCCGCUUUGAGUCGUCGAUCGACGAGUAACGAGCGCGCGAUGCGAACUAAAAGCCGAGCGAGAGAAGCAGCAGGUAGAGCGCGUCGUUGCGCUCAGUGAUCCGGGUUGCUAUAUUUUUAGGCGGUCGUCGAACGGUAAGCGUGGUCGUACCGGCCGGCGUGGAUACUUUGAGAGCGAAUGAGAGAAGAAUAUUCCAAGAGGAAUUUUUGUCCUACAAAAAAGUUAGAGAGCGACAAAGAGAAAAUUAGAGGAACAGAAAAGGGUCACGUCGACCAACAGGACUUGCAAGCGGUUUCAAGACACAAAGGUAUGAUAGAAGAUACAAAUCAAAGGAAAAAAGGAAACGACAGGGCAGAGGAGUAGGUAAGGAAGCAUAAAAUGCUUUGAAUGUAGCCAAAGUGAGAACAGUACACACGUUGCGUCGUGGCUUUUUAUAUAGUGAGAACAGUACACACGUUGCGUCGUGCCUUUUUAUAUUUAUAUUAUGGCGUGCGACUUUUUAUAUAGUGUUCGAAGAAGGUUGUAUGCGAGUGGAAUGACCGUGAUUUAAACAAAUUGUGCAUCGAUACGGGCGCGUAUAUACGCUCGCACAUACGUUCGUUGUUCAUUCGUAACGCGGUUCAACGAGGUGAACGAACAAUCGUGGAGUUGUGCGAUGUUGUCUUGUUCUCGAAUGUUGGAUACGCGUACGCCUGCCCGCUUCUCCAGCGUUGCUACACGGAUUUCCUGCACUCCGGAGCGAGAUACCUUUAGCGUUCCAGAGUGACACGAAGCUGCGAGUUGGCGCAAGAUGACAUCCAACGAGGAUGACGAUCUGAUCGAUCUUGGGAACGAUGCGUGCGUACCGCGCGUCACCGUGGAUGACCCGACGCCCGAAGAACAAGAACAUCUGCUCGAUGUAUGUCCUCCGAAAUUAGAACAAAAGCUCUCGCUUACCAAGCGACAAGAGCGAGUACUCGAAGGUAGCGACAGAAGUGAUAUCUUAGUGACUCUGGGCCACGAUCAAGUGGUGCCGAUUUGCAAGAGGAUCGACGUAGUCUCGUCAGACACUAUCAAGCGGAUUCGCGACAUUACCCGAAACCUGGAGCCGGUGAUACAUAAAACUUGUCCGGGUAUCAAUGAGGAGUCGCAACAGGAUAUGGUGGACCACGCAACGUCCUUGAAUUAUGAAAAGAAGAGAAAUUCGACAGUGAAGCAUGAAGAUGAGACGUACGAGGCUCGAGAGAUAAAUAAUGCUUUCAACUUCCUCACCGAGCAUGAUGACAACGAGGAUCAAGUGGGAUCGAACUUUGGCCGACUGAGGAAUGAGAUCGAUUCCAAUCGUAUCGUGUCCUCGAUGUGCUCCUUUAUCGAGGAAGACACAGUUGGUGAUUUCUUUGAAUCGCCGUCUAGAACUUUGAACGACGAAGCGACUGGGAACGACGCAGAUGAGAAGAAAUAUUUCACGAAGAAUGACUACGAUAUUCAACUGGAUAAUUUGGCCUUUGAAUCUUCGCCUAAUUCGAGUACGUUUCGCCAGGGCAGCCAAAUUAACGAGAAAUCCGUGUAUACCGAUACAGAAGUUCGCGCGACAACUAAUCUCAAGAGACGUAGCCAGGAAGACGCCGCGUUCGAGCGAAUAACCAAAAGGCGUUCGUUACGAGAUAAAUCACACCGUAAAUCGUGGACAGAAGGGACGAGUUUAAACUCCGAUCUUACCGAUGAACUUCCCAGAAUCGACAGAUCUACCAGUCUGGAAGAGUAUCGCUGUGUGCCAUCUAUUCCCAACAUCAAUCGUGGAAUAUCCGGCUUUUUCACGAGGUCGACACCGGAAACGGAAUCGGCGACAAUGGCAACUGGCACUGAGGACGCCUGUUCUGAAGGUUCAGAAGUAGAUUGGUCGUGGCUCGAGGAAGUGGAGUGUCUGCGGACUGUAGAUAUGCUCGUGGUCGCUGAUGUCGAACACGGUGAGCAAGUGGGGAAAAGUGUUUCUCCCACCUGCGGAACGAUGGGGCGCAGGCGCGCCUGCGACCGUCUCGAGACUGGGCCUCGCAGUGUCGCGAUGUCUGUCACGGCUGCGGCGAAGUCCCUAGCUGUUGGUGGUUCGCGAUGGUCAGCCCCCGGUAGCGCGCUUCUCCUCGAUCGUCAAAACAAUAGCGUCAACCGUUACAACAAUGGUCACCAUCGCCAGUGUCGGAAUGGCAAUAACGAUGACGAGAACAACGAUAACGACGACGAUGACGACACUACCGCGUAUUCUAAUGUUACGAACGAAGCAGUUAAUCGUGAAAAUCGUGACAGCGCGACAACAACCGAUGUCGUCGGUGCUUCUGUCGCCGUCGCGAAUUCGUGGAUGCGCGCGUCUAUGCGACGUUUGCGUCACCUACGACUGCCUGACAACACACAACGAGGUGUCCCCGUCGGUAACAGCAACGAAUCGGCCAAUCGACGUGCAGCUGUCUCGGCACCGAAUUCAUUGCCAGAUAUCGCGCUAAUUGCACCCGAGAUCCUCGCGGCACACACCAACGGCACUUCUGGCACGCUGUUACGACCUUCGAGCGCGCCCGCGAGAAACGUGACCGCGGCCGCCUCUGUCGCCGCGACGCCACGUCGAGCCGGUCGGCAAUUCGCCGGUGGUAGAUGGCGAGGCUCACGGAACCGAGAUCGAGAGGCGUCCUCGAGACAGGGUAGCCUUAUCUCCACCACGACGGCCAGCGAUACCAUCGCGUCCGGCACGACGACUUGCUCCAGUUCGUUCGGCGCAGUUUCUACCGGCUCACCCUCUAGUACGACGACCAGCCCACAGCGCGCCAUUUCAAGAAGAAUAUGCGAAAGACAAAGAGACAUCGAUAGGCACAAUGAUAGAGGUGAGAACGACGACGAGGACGAGAAUCCACUGGGAAAGUGGCCUCACGCUCUCAGCCCGGCUCUCGCUUGUCUCGGCUGUACUCUAGGUCUUUUUAAUAUCAGUAGAUUCGCCAUUCUUAGUGUACAAUUCGGAGCAAACUUCAUUGUACAGUUUCUGAUUUUAUCUCUCAUACUGGGCAUCCCAUUAUUAACGUUGCACGUGUGCCUCGGACAAAGAUUGGCUGCUGGUUCAGUGGAUAUGUGGAGGAUUUCGCCAAUUUUUCAAGGUGUCGGAAUAGCUCUACUCGCCGCGCAGGCUCUUAUCGGUAUCUACAGUAUAGUCGGUGUAUCAUGGAUGUUUGUGUAUUUCAGAGAUUCGUUCAUAACGAAACAGGACAAGUAUCGAUGGGCAGAACCAUUUCUCCUCUAUCGAGAAGACAGCCGUCCCACGCACAACAUUACCACAUCAUACAAAUUGCAUGAAACCGUCCCGGAUUACUUUAGUGGUGCUGUCUUGCAAAGACAUCAUUUGAACGAUAUUGAUCCUGGUGUAGUAACACUGAAGUUUCAAGUAGCUUUCAACUUAGCUGUCGUAUGGAUGAUCGUAUUUGUUUCAUUAAGCAAAGGAUUAAGGUCCUACGGAAAAGUGGUGUACGUAUUUACACUAGUGCCCGUAAUUGGAACAUUGGUACUCUGCGCGAAGCUGUUGGGACUCAACGCGACCGGCUCGAUACAACACCAACUUUUUCCCGCUACCGUCUGGAGCGAAUUCUUCAUCAAUGGAAAGUCAUGGGUGGCUGCCUCAACUGAAGUCUUCCUCACGUGGGGCUUACUUGGUGCGGCGGCUAUGCAGAUAGCAGCUCAUAACAAGCACAAGCAUCUCCUACAGCGAGACACGAGUCUCGUGGUGGUCCUAACAUUCGCUGUUCUUCUCCUCGCGGCUUUCCUAGCGAACACCUGUGUGCAAAUUCUCAGACACCACGGCUACAUCUAUACUACUAGUUCGUUUGAGAGGAUAUCAGGUUAUACGUUUAUGAGGCUCGCCAAUCAACCAGCAUCGCCAGGUUACAGCACCACACCGGAGAGAUUUAUGUCUCACACGUCCUUCCUUCUUGGUCAACGCGUGAUCCGACCUAACGCGGACACAAGCAUCGAGUCGGGAUACCAGGUGUUAAGAUUAUGUACCGAAUUGGUACCUGCGACCUUGGCGUUAUUAGGCACCGAACAGGUGUCGCCAUUUUGGGCGAUUCUGUUUUAUUUUAUCAUCAUCUUAUUUGGAAUCGCACAGCAGUUGGCAAUCUGGCAUUGCGUAAUAACCGGUAUAAUGGCCUUCAAUACGAAACUGAUGAAGCUCUGGGAGACGACUAUCACGUUCUUCAGUUGCGCUUGUGCAUACAUACUCGGACUGCCUAUGGCUACGGAGUUUGGCAUUUAUGUUGUAUAUUAUCUCGAUUACACCGUCGGCGGGGCAUGGUGGAUAAUCAUCUUAUAUUUAAUACAAGUCGGCGCCGUGUUCGCUGUUCGCGGGCGUCCACAUACCGGGGAGGCAGUCGUAGCCGAAUUAUUCCCACCGACAGGACGAUGUCUCAGAUACUGGGCUGGGCCUCUCUUGUCUUUUACAUGGAACGUUAUUCUCCCGGUGACUUUACUGGUUCUUACUAUCACAAUAUUCAAGAGCAGUAGCUUCUCUCGAGAACUCUACACUUAUCGUCGUACCGGCAAAGAAUACUGGGCUUUGUGGGCAAGACAAUUCGGGACUGCAAUUCAGCUGAUACCGAUAGUGGCGGUACCGGCAGUGGGUAUUAUACAAACGUGCCGAUAUUUGAACAGAGGACCACCCGACAUAUUCGAUUUUGGCAUUUAUGUUGUAUAUUAUCUCGAUUACACCGUCGGCGGGGCAUGGUGGAUAAUCAUCUUAUAUUUAAUACAAGUCGGCGCCGUGUUCGCUGUUCGCGGGCGUCCACAUACCGGGGAGGCAGUCGUAGCCGAAUUAUUCCCACCGACAGGACGAUGUCUCAGAUACUGGGCUGGGCCUCUCUUGUCUUUUACAUGGAACGUUAUUCUCCCGGUGACUUUACUGGUUCUUACUAUCACAAUAUUCAAGAGCAGUAGCUUCUCUCGAGAACUCUACACUUAUCGUCGUACCGGCAAAGAAUACUGGGCUUUGUGGGCAAGACAAUUCGGGACUGCAAUUCAGCUGAUACCGAUAGUGGCGGUACCGGCAGUGGGUAUUAUACAAACGUGCCGAUAUUUGAACAGAGGACCACCCGACAUAUUCGAUAAUGAACAAGUGGAGGUAACGGUAAAUCACUGCGAACAAUGUAAUGGCAGAAUCCAGUUACUCUAUCGGCCACCAUUAGAGCCAGAGGACGCUCGCGAUGCGCACACCCAAAUCGGCAGCGACACCGGUACUAGCUUACAUGGCAAUGGGAUUUUACCUACCACGACGACGGAGAUACCUUUUGAGGACCCGCCACCGAAGUAUACACCGCCACCGAGCUACACUACGGCGACCGGCGCGAGGAUCGCGAAGAUGCUGCGCCAGAGUUUCCGGCGUAGUGUGCGCAGGAUUGCAAACGUCUUAGGCGAGAGUAGCGUAAUGCCGAGGCAGAGAUCAGCGUUGCAGCCACCGCCGCCGGACUAUGCCACCGUAUUGGUGGAGAUGAACCAACAAGGUGGCAGCGGUGGUGGCGGCAGUAGCAUUCCAACGUUGCACGACAUAGCGAUCCACAUGACCGAGCCACGACCGGACGUGACCAACACCGGAAACUGUCGUCGCAAUCUGAGUAGCGACACAGCGAUCGAAUGGCACCGGCCGAAUACCAUCGAUCGCACUACUAGCAGGAUCGCCAUGGUGGAGAGACGCUCGAUCGAGCGCACCCAUUCAACGCUCGAUCGCAGCCGCAGGUCGUACGCGAACACUACUAGCAUGUCCGGCUCAAACUUGACCGCCGCCGACGUGGCAAAUUUGCUACGUAGCAGUAUCCGUCGGGGCACCGUACGAACUCAGCAGUCCUUGCGCCGCAGCUUUUGCCAUGAGGAACCAACGAUGGCAGUAUCCGUUGAGAAUCUAGUCGAGGCCGCCGCGCCUAUCGGCGAAGACUCCUUGGUCCUGACGAAAGACGCGUCCCUAGUCUCCGACGAACAAAUCGAUGAUCGCUGCAAUGACAACGACGAUGAUAAUAACGACAACAAAGGUGGCGAUGACAACGAUGGCGGCAGCGACGACGACGAGAAAAAGACUGCAGGUGAAAUGGAAAGCUCCGUUUCUGUGAUAUAGUAGACUGGACGACACAUAUUCGGUUGCAUCGAUAUAUUGAUUGUGCGAUAUCGUCGCUGCUAAUUUGCAUUUUGACGUUCUUGACAGCCGACUAAUCGGUGAACCAUCCUCCUUCGAAUUGCUAUCACUCUAUGAUGUUAUGUAAAUGAAGAAAGAGAGAGAGAGAGAAAAGGAAAGAUACCCUGUUAAUCGAAGCGACUUUGAGACUAAUCGGAUAUCGGUUUCAAUCCGCCGAUAAUCUCUAUAUUUGAUCCUCUCAAGGUCAAGACUCUAAUAUCCUCCCUCUCUCCUUCCUCUGUGCCUAAGCGAUUGUGCGCGCCUGUUCUUCUAAAGGUUUUCUUUUCUCUUGUGUUCUUGCGAUAUUUAUUUCUUGAUAUACAUAUAUAAGUAUAUUAACUUCGUUAAUAGAGAUACUAAAAAAAUUAAUGUUUACAUAGCAAUCAGACGAGCUUCUCUGAAUACAGCCCGAACACCUAGCCACGACUCUUGGUGCAGCAGUUCGGUAAAGUUAAAUGAAAAAUUGAAUGAGGAACAACGAAUUUUCUUCGGUCAAGAUACACAUAUUCAGUAUCGAAAAUAGCGAGUGCGAUUUGAAUUUUGUUUGCGAUGAAAUUAAGUGUAAUUCUCACGUUGGCCAAAUGAAAUUUAGAAUCAUAUUAAAAUGCAACUUCGAAUAGAUGUGUUAAUCCCUUAUAAUAUUUCAGAAAGAGAAAGGAAGAGAGAAAUUAUUGCUAUUAUUAAUAAAGCAUACAGUAUUAUUUAAUGAGUGUGUUGCGAAAAUGUACGAUAUCGUACAAUCUCCUAAUUUUACUUUUCUUCUAGUGAUCACGUAGAUGAGAUGACUGAAGGACGAACUGAACAGUCUAUGAAAGUACUUUAUAAACUUAGCUCUCGUCUAACGUCUUCGGCUGAAAGCUUAAGUUAGGUUUCCCGAGUGUGUUCGAGAACAUUUAGCCCUAACAUGCUUAAAAGUCUGUUCGCACCGUUUAAAGUAUUUUUACUCGAGAUUGCGCAGACAAUAUAUACACGUGUGUAUAUAAAAUAUAGUUUUGUGUACUUGUCCCUCUUGAGGUUAGUCCAUUCUGUAAAUACAUAACGUUUUAAGUAAUUAAGCGAACAUAUACAGUCAGUGUCAUAUGUAUGCCAUACCAUUCCCUACUAAAAGUAGGAGAAUUCGCAUAUCUAAAUAUCCGAGAAUUCGGAUUCUCGAAUUCCGGAAAUUUUUAAUUCGUUUCCGUUUCCGAUAUCCAGAUAAUCUGCGAUAGAGGAUAUUUGCGAAUAUCCAGAUAUUUGCGGAUAUCCGAAUAAUCUACGGGUAACAGAUUAUAAAUAAUUUAAAUAGGUCUAUCUCCCCCAUAACACUGAAAGAUUGUUUUUCCGUUAAACAGAUCAUAUUACGCUAAAGUUUCAUAUAAAGCAGGAACAAUACUUCUUAUGAUAAAUUUUAUUUUCCGCAUAUUAAGAUAGCAUGACAUAUCCUACUUUAUAAUUAUUUUAUUAUUUGAAUCGUAAUUUUUUCCAGAUUUCGGAAAACUCUUAUCCUCAAUUUACCCGCAGACGCCCAUUUGCGAAUUUUUGAAUAUCCCUGGGUAUCCGGAUAAUACUGCGAACACCUAAAUAUCAAAUUCGUAAACAAAUUUUACAAAUAUCGUGAACCGAUCGUAUGUCUUGUACAGAUAUUCAGAAAAAGGAUUUCAAAAAGUGCAACGAAUCCGGACGCGACAUCCACUCUUCUUUCCUACGUCGAGAGUUAUAUCCCAGGGAACUUUCCAAGGGAUGUCUUGAGGAUGUCCUUGACAUCCUAAGAUCCUCAAGACAUCAACAAGAUGUUCUCUGAAGGUGUAUGUGCUGUCUGAAAAGAUUUCCAUAUACAGUGUGUUUGACUCAUACCGUACCAGAGCUAAUAUAGCUAGAAUAAGUCGGAGUGAGUAAUGAAAUUGGUCUUUUUUUAAACAACCACGUGAAAUUUCGAGUUAUUAAAUAAAAUUAAUGGGCUAAUCAGAGCGCGCGACGCGACAGGCGAGACAUACAGCUCGCCGCAGCCGGCAAAGAAAAUGGACGAUUGCUCGCGAGCCUAUCUCAUUUGGUAGCUGCUACCAAACGACCCAUCUCUCUGGCUUAUAAAAUAGGACCGCGAGCAAUCGUCCAUUUUCUUCGCCAGCCGCAGCGAGCCAUAUGUCCCGCCUGCCACGUUGCCGCGCUCUGAUUAGCCUAUCUAUUUUAUUUAUUAACUCGAAAUUUUACGUGGUUGUUUAAAAAAGGAGACCGAUUCCAUUACUCACUCUGAUCUAUUCUAGCUCUACAGGAUGUAUCAAAAUUGUGGCAAUGGUCGAAUAUCUAAAAAAAAAAA